GCUCGCUGCGCUGCUGCCGCUGCUGCUCCUGGUGGGACCGGGCUGCUGGGGCCACGCGGAGCGCCCGCGCGACAGCCUGAGAGAGGAGCUCGUUAUCACUCCGCUGCCCUCCGGGGACGUGGCCGCCACAUUCCAGUUCCGUACGCGUUGGGAUUCGGAUCUGCAGCGGGAAGGAGUGUCUCAUUACAGGCUCUUCCCCAAAGCCCUGGGGCAGUUGAUCUCCAAGUAUUCUCUGCGGGAGCUGCACCUGUCGUUCACGCAGGGGUUUUGGAGGACCCGAUACUGGGGGCCACCCUUCCUGCAGGCCCCAUCGGGUGCAGAGCUCUGGGUCUGGUUCCAAGACACCGUCACAGAUGUGGAUAAGUCUUGGAAGGAGCUCAGCAAUGUUCUCUCGGGGAUCUUCUGCGCAUCCCUCAACUUCAUCGACUCCACCAAUACUGUCACUCCCACCGCCUCCUUCAAACCUCUGGGGCUGGCCAAUGACACCGAUCACUACUUCCUGCGCUACGCAGUGCUGCCUCGGGAGGUUGUCUGCACCGAGAACCUCACCCCAUGGAAGAAGCUCUUGCCUUGUAGUUCCAAGGCAGGUCUCUCGGUGCUAUUGAAGGCAGAUCGCUUGUUCCACACCAGUUACCACUCACAAGCAGUGCAUAUCCGUCCUAUCUGCAGAAAUGCUCAGUGCACCAGCGUCUCCUGGGAGCUGAGGCAGACCCUUUCAGUUGUAUUUGAUGCCUUCAUCACGGGACAGGGGAAGAAAGACUGGUCCCUCUUCCGCAUGUUCUCCCGGACGCUCACAGAGGCCUGCCCACUGGCAUCGCAGAGCCUAGUUUACGUGGACAUCACAGGCCACGGCCAGGACAACGAAACACUGGAGGUGAGCCCUCCUCCCACCUCCACAUACCAGGAUGUCAUUUUGGGCACCCGGAAGACCUAUGCUGUCUAUGACUUGUUUGACACAGCCAUGAUCAAUAACUCCCGAAACCUCAACCUCCAGCUCAAAUGGAAGAGACCUCCAGAUAAUGCAGAGGCCCUACCAGUGCCCUUCCUGCACGCACAGCGGUACGUGAGUGGCUACGGGCUGCAGAAGGGAGAGCUGAGCACACUGCUGUACAACGCCCAUCCCUACCGGGCCUUCCCCGUGCUGCUGCUGGAUGCUGUGCCCUGGUACCUGCGGCUGUAUGUGCACACGCUCACCAUUACCUCCAAGGGCAAGGAGAACAAACCAAGUUACAUCCACUACCAACCUGCCCAGGACCGGCAGCAGCCCCACCUCCUGGAGAUGCUGAUUCAGCUGCCAGCCAACUCUGUCACCAAGGUCUCCAUCCAGUUUGAGCGGGCCCUGCUCAAGUGGACUGAAUACACACCAGACCCCAACCACGGCUUCUAUGUCAGCCCAUCUGUCCUCAGCGCUCUGGUGCCCAGUGUGGUGGCAGCCAAACCAGUGGACUGGGAAGGGAGUCCUCUCUUCAACACCUUGUUCCCAGUGUCUGAUGGCUCCAGCUACUUUGUACGACUCUACACAGAGCCCUUGCUGGUAAACCUGCCUACACCUGACUUCAGCAUGCCCUACAAUGUAAUCUGCCUUACAUGCACUGUGGUGGCUGUGUGCUACGGCUCCUUCUACAACCUCCUCACCCGCACCUUCCACAUUGAGGAGCCCAAAUCGGGUGGCCUGGCCAAGAGAUUGGCCAACCUCAUCAGACGUGCCCGUGGUGUCCCUCCUCUCUAAGACGCCCCUUUAGCAGCUGCAGCUGCACACCUAACUACUCAUUCUGUCCAAGGGGAGAAGGGUGGGACUUUUUCUACCACUCCUUCUGUCCCCAGAGUUAGCUUUUGAAGCAAACUCCCCCUAGGCCCGGCCAGAGCCUAGAGCUGUGGUGUCCAGUGUGGUAGCCACAAGCUAGGUAGAGUGCAGACAUUCGUGUUUCCCUUUUGUAGCAGCCAUGCUUGUGCCCAAAAGUGGCUUGUGCUGCUGUACACUGGACAGCCUAAAGAGCAUUCCCAUCAUUGCAGGGCGCUCUCGUGGCCCGGGAAAUGGGAUGCAGAAGAGCCUGUGUUACUGUGUGGUGGUCGAAUUCACUCUUGUAAUAAAGUGGCUGCCUUCCCAGGUCAUUGCUUUCUCCUUGAGGCCUGGGAAAAGUUCCCAGCUAAAGCCUGCUGAUGAGUGCCGCUCUGCCCACUCCUGCCAGAAAUUCCUCCUCCUCCUCUGUAUUUUCCCACCCCUCUCAAAGUAACUCUCCAGCUCUGGUUUGGCUGGGAGGUUUUCUGUGAAUAUAAUCUGUGAUCAUGAAAAUGAAUCCUAUCAGCAAGGGCAGAGGCAGGAACGGCUAACCGCCGAGUCAGAAUGGCUGCGGCUCACUGUGCAGCUGAAAAAUGUUGGAUGUUAAGGACCACUCCCUAGACCACCCAGGAGCUCUGACGUUAGGCCAUUGGCUCCAAGCCUGCCCCUGCCCACCUCCCCUUGUUAGAGAAAUCUGGGUGGGUUCCUAUAGAACAGGUCCUUACACAGUGAGUCACCCUACCCCCCCUUCCUCCAGCACACUUAACUUGAGUUAACUUGUGCUCUCCACCCUAACCCCCAUUUUUCUCCCAACGUGGCAGAAAUGCACUGUUCACCGACCACACACCCCUUAACUGCCUGGUUCGCUUUCUUCCAAAGCUGAAUGAGACAUUGCUUCCUCUGGGAAGUCUAUGACAUGCCAGGAGCUGAGCUUCCAACCUGUAAUUUCAGUGGUCCAGGCUGCAGUUAGGAUUGUGAAUUCAAGGCUCAAUCAGGCUAUGUAGACCCCAUCUUCAAAAAAAAAAAAAAGAAAAGAAAAGAAAAGAAAAAUGCAGAAAGAAACAAAGGCUGGGUAUAUUGACAAUUACCUUUUAUCUAAGCCCUAGGGAGGUAGUUCUUUUGAGUUCAAAACCAGCCUGGGCUGGUUAGGACAGCCAGGGCUACAUAGUGAGACCCUGUCUCAAAAAAAAAAAAAAAAAAAAAAAAAAAAAAAAAAAAAGAAAGAAAGAAAGAAGAAAAAGAAAGAAAAUAUAGGUAGUAGCUCUCAAAAACUAAAGGGUCUUGGCAGCCAAGUGAUGUGGGAUGAUGGCCAAGUCAGAAGAGCAUGAGGCAGCCCUGAUUCAUCUCAAGCAAGUCAGCUGGAGAUGACCUCCACUUGCUGGCUGCAUCUGCAUGUCUUGUUCUUCUCUCCCAGGAUGCAUUUACCCAGCUGCCUUCAUCUUCUUGCCUUCUCCAUUUGGAUGGCUAGAAUCCCUGCAGCUGAACUUGUCAUAUUCCCUGUUCCACCCCAGAUGUGUUCACCCACAGAGUCCCCCUGUAUUUGUCAGCGGCAUCUGCCCUUUUUCCAUCUGUCCAGCCCUUGGAGUCAUCUUUGAUCUUCACCACAUCUAGUAUACACCUUCACAAUAAAUUCAGACUCUUGA